UCCCCUGCGUAUGGUGAGCGUGUCCACCAAGCGCCCCAGCAAUUCGCUGCCGCCUUCACUGCGCCUUCUAACUCCAUAGACUGACGCAAUUGUUACUUUUGUUUCGGUUGAGCUUCUUUUCUUGGUCCUUCCACAGAAGCAUUCGCUGUUUAAACCCAUCCGUGAAACUCUCCCAUACACAAAUACUCGUGAGCCUAUUGGCAGCCGGGAAAAGGAUCGACAAGGCGCUUGCGCAGGGUCCACAAGUCGGAUUUCUAAGGCGCAUCUUACUGGUUGUCUCCCAGCCAACGACAUGAUACCCAUCGCCCCGAGAACAUCCGCCGAUGGUUAUCAGUUGUCCAUCAUAACCUUCACCAUUCGCCCUUAUCGUCACUGUCUACGUUGAAGCGAGGCUUCAAUGACGAGAUCAGCGAGCCUUUGCGCUGCAAUUGAUGCCUGGCGGGCCACUGUCCAAACGCCCGACGAGCACGGCAAACACGGCGAACAGGCGCAGCCCAGCCGUCCGCGAAAACGACGCCGCAUCCAUCCCAACACUAAGUUGAGGGUUCCAUUGUCACCGCCAUCGUCGCACUCUCCCUGUUUCGUUUCUUCUCUGAUGGAAUCCAGGCCCCUUACAGGAGUCAAACGAAAGCAUGACAACAGUCAGCAGGACAAUGACGGCGACGAAGAGCCAAGCGCAAGCCUUCUUCCUAAUAUACACGACAUCCAUUCCACACCGCGAGCGUCCCAGCUCAACGACCAACGCAUUGCUCGCACAUCCACGCCUAGCCUCUCAUCGGCGUCUAGUGUUUCAUCACGGUCGUCCUCACCUACGAAACAGUUGAGAAGACUGGCUCUUCAGGCCGACGGCUUUGUCCAUCGCAAGUUUGCGAAGAGCCGCGCUGAAUUGCCCUCCUCGCUCGCCACACUCGUCAACGAGCUGCAGGGAAUCAGAUGGGGGUUUCAACUACUGCCGCAUGACAUGCGCACCGAGUUUGCCGACUUCGAUAUACCAGAUCACGCUUAUCUCCCCGAGGGCAUUCCUGCACCACCCGGCUUCCGGUGCCCACCCCGGGAUCUCGUUGCAUGGUUACUAGACCAGGCCGAAGACUGCGAAAUCAACCUUCACGGCGAACCUAGCUGGAACACGGAGCUCCAUCUGCCAAUGAUGGAAUGGGCACUUCGACCGAACCGCCAGCGCGGCCUUGUUGACUACACAUACUGCACUGGCGCCCAGGUUGUUAAAACAUACAGGGCGAAGCAAUCAGCGUCGAACAUGGUUGACUUUUGCAUGGUCAUCCGCCCUCCCGGAGGAAGUGCUGAGGCCAGCCGGAUUGAUGAGGUUCGGGAAAAUCGACCAGAUGUGACCAUCAAUCAUACAGACCACGGAAUUUUGUGCAAGAGCCCCAUCGUCGUAUCGUUCGAGACCAAGCGUCCCGGCGCUGACCUCGAGAAGGCGAUGGUGCAGAUGGGAUCAUGGCACUCGUCACAAUGGAGGAGUUUUCUGCAAGGCCCUACCGACCCGCGGGCAGUUCACUUUUUGCCGGGCGUCAUUAUCAGCGGCCACAGCUGGUCUUUCGUUGCUAGCGCGAUUCAAGAUGGCAAGUCCAUUCUUUACAGCGACGUCGAGCUCGGCAAGACGUCGACCGAGUUCGGGAUCAUCACUGUGCUUCUUGCCAUGCAGCACCUCGCCCACUGGGCUGAAAACACAUACUGGCCCGUAUUCAAGUCCGAGAUCCUUCAAAUGUGACUAGCUGCCAUUACCAACGGCGUCUCUGCGGCAGUAGCAAGAUCGAUGAUUGAUGGUCCGUACCGAACGUAAGGAUACCCCGUUCGUGUCCAGAUUUCUCUACCUUUGGCCCAAGCCCCUAAGCGCUACGCUAA